CCAACAUGGGGACUGUGCUCUCCAUCUCGCGCGCGUUUCUCAUUUUAGAACUGCUUCAGUUACAUUGAAUCCGAGAGAACAUAGGUAAGCCGCUAGUCUAUCCUUCUCUGACAAAUCUUACGUAAGUUGGUGAGUCCUGAGUUAUAAGACCAAACAUACGCCUAUUUUGGCGUCAGCUAAUCUUAAGCCUGUUCUAUAUCUGAUUUUUUCUUGUGUUGGUACUAGGAGCAUAGGUUAGUCUAAGGGUACUCUACUUCACACUAAUUUUAUUUAGGAGUGACCUUGUUCUUGAAGACAUGCUCUCCACAUUUAUCACGAAUAGAAUCAAAGACUGAUCGGCCUACCUACUUUCUGCAGGCAUAUAUACCUAGAAUGGAAUUAUCGUAGAUGACUUCUGAAGAGAUAAAAUUGUCCAGAGUGAACGGAGACAUUAACAAGAUGAGUGCAAAGGAGCUCAGUAAUAAGUUGGAAGCCCUGCAUCUUGACACAACUGGGAGGAAAGAGGUAUUGAAGCGACGACUGAAGACCUACCAUCGCCUGCGGAGAGGAGAUGUAGGCCCACAUCUGCAUCUUCCAGUAUAUUUUGAUAACCUGAUAGUCAUUGAUUUUGAAGCAACCUGUGAUACAGUUCCUCAACCUCAGCAAGAAAUCAUAGAGUUUCCAGCAGUGCUGAUUGACUGUCACACAUUGUCCAUCCAGGAUGUGUUUCAUGCUUUCUGCAAGCCAAUUAUUCAGCCAAAGCUCAGUUCGUAUUGCUGUGAACUGACUGGUGUUUUACAGAGUGACACUGAUUCUGCCCAGACAUUCUCAAGUGUUCUGGCAGACUUUGAUGAAUGGAGGAAGAGACACAGUCUGGGAUAUGGGAAAAAGUUUGCUAUUGUCACAGAUGGCUCCUGUGAUAUAUCCAAGUUCCUCCUGCAACAGUGCCUAACAACUCUUCCUUUGAUGCUGGAAACAGUGGGUUUAGAACUGGAGGGGAGGUUGCACUGUGGAAAGGAUGAUGCCCUGAACAUCGCAUCCCUCACUCUCCGCCUCAUGAAAGAUGGUGCCUACAUCUAUAACAAUGAGAGACUUGAGGUCAUAUGGGACAAGGAAAAGAAAAAAGUGAUGAGUAAACAGGUCAUCCCUAUGAGCUGGAAGGAGUUCUCAGACAGUCGACCCAGAGUCCGUGUUCAUCUUCCCAUAAUCUCUAUAAAUGCCCCUGAAGAGGAUAAACAGGACCACUUGUGAAAAUUGAAUUGUGAUAUUUAGGGUCACAUCUUCAAUCAUUUUAGUUCUUGAAAAUGAAUUCAUUCAAAGACA